AUGAUGCGCGGAGCCGGACAAUCGCCGAUCAUCGUGCUCAGUCAGGGUACAAAACGAGAGAGUGGCCAUCAGGUCCAAGUCGGAAAUAUCAAUGCGUGCAAGACCAUCGCCGACGUGAUUCGCACAAGUUUGGGACCAAGAGCCAUGCUCAAGAUGUUGAUGGACCCAAUGGGAGGAAUCGUCAUGACAAACGACGGAAAUGCCAUUCUUAGAGAAAUCACCGUAAAACACCCGGCAGCGAAAAGUAUGAUCGAAAUCGCUCGUACUCAGGACGAGGAAACCGGUGAUGGCACCACUUCAGUCAUCAUUUUGGCCGGAGAAGUUAUGGCUCACGCUCAGACUUAUUUGGAGCAGAAAACUCAUCCAACUCUCAUUAUUCAAGCCUAUCGUCAGGCACUUGAAGACAUGAUCAAGUGGGCGGAGAAUAAAUUCUCCCGACCAGUAGACAUUACUGAUGAUAAUGAGAUCGCCAAGGUUGUCAAAUCGUGUUUGGGCACGAAAAUGAUCAGUCAUUGGAUGGAUUUGGCUGUCAACAUCUCUAUUGAGGCUGUCAAAACUAUCCGUGUUGAGAAGGGCGGACAUCGAGAGAUUGAUAUCAAGAGAUACUGUCGUAUCGAGAAGAUCCCAGGAGGCCGUAUCGAGGAUUCUCAAGUGGUGAAGGGCGUCGUGCUGAAUAAGGACAUUCUCCACGCGAAAAUGCGUCGUCGUAUCGAGAAUCCACGUAUCGUGUUGUUGGAUUGCAAUCUGGAAUACAAGAAGGGAGAAUCGCAGACGUCGUUGGAAAUUAUGAGAGAAGAGGACAUCUCGGCGAUUCUCGAACAAGAAGAACACGCGAUUCGUAAGCAGUGCGACGAGAUUAUCGCCCUCAAGCCAGAUCUCGUUUUUACCGAAAAAGGAAUCUCCGACUUGGCUCAACAUUUCUUGCUGAAAGCGGGAAUUACUUGUUUGAGACGUCUCAAGAAGACGGAUAAUAACCGUUUGUCGAGAGUUUGUGGAGCACGAAUUGCUCAUGACACUUCUGAUUUGAGAGAGGAAGACGUCGGAACGCAGGCGCAACUCUUUGAAGUUAUCAAGAUUGCUGAUGAGUAUUACACUUUUGUCACUUCGGAGACAACUACCGCGUGUACUGUCGUUCUUCGUGGACCUUCUAAGGAUGUCAUCAAUGAGGUUGAACGCAACUUGCAAGACUCCCUCCACGUCGUCCGAAACGUGAUGAUUAACCCGAAGCUGGUGCCAGGAGGCGGAGCUCUCGAGAUGGCGCUGAGCCGUGAAAUCGAAGAGCAAGGAGCCAAGAUGGACGGAGUGAAGAAGUGGCCAUACAAGGCGAUCGGUCUGGCGCUGGAAGUGAUUCCACGUACACUCAUUCAGAAUUGUGGUGGAUCGACGAUCAGAAGAAUGACGGAACUUCGUGCUGUUCACGCUCAAGACGCAAAGAAUUGGACUUUCGGAGUUGAUGGCACUACUGGAGAUUUGGUCGACAUGAACAAAUUGGAGAUCUGGGAUCCACUUGCCGUCCGUAUUCAAGUCCUCAAGACAGCCAUCGAGACAUCGGUAAUGCUUCUCCGCAUCGACGACAUCGUCUCGGGAACGAAGAAGGCUGUUGGUGGAGAGAAACAAGAGGUCAUGCCACACUAA